AGUCUGCAAGCUCUCUGCACACAGAGCUGCAGCAUUUAAAGAGACAUUGAAAUAAGAUCACAAGAAUUCCCGGCAAAGAUUCAACAGUCUCUUAAAGAAUUGGACAGAAUUGGGCCUCCACUGGUGGCGCAGCAGAAGCCUGAAAAAUGAAGUCAAAAAAGUGCUUAACCACCAAAAUUUCCCAAGCAAGGAUGAACAGUUCAACAAUCAAUACUACUCUCAGAAAACCCAAGGCCAAAGGAGUUUGCCAGAGAUACUAUAUGAAGCUACGCUCUGGCUUUACUAUACAAAAGGAGUAUCAUUUGAGGAACACCAAAACGCCUUCACCAAAAACAGCUGGAAAAUACAAAGACCAACACCUGUUAAUCACUACCUGUCAUCGGCAGAUGAAACACCUCAAAAAGUCAGUUGCGAGCUUCCCCAUUGAGACAUCUAUGGUCCAGAGAUGUGCCACAACAACUGAUGUUCCAUAUUACCAAAGUAUCCAAGAGUUUUCUGCUUUCCUGAGCACAUACAAUGAUCAAUCUGUUUCCUUCAUAUGUGAGAAUGAAGAUUGUGAAAUCUACAUUGAAGAUGUGGGUCAAAACCACAAGAAAGAUGAGGUGCUACUCCGUUUUUAUGAUUCUCAAUCACCUUCAAAUAAAACAGGUGAUGGUGUUGAUGGUCAGAUGGUAAUGGUAAGCCUGAGUCCUACGAAAGGCAAAGACCUCUGGGUGUAUGCCAUUAAGGAGGAGCUCUCCGUGAAGCUCCAAAAAUGUGAAGAGCCACCACCAGACAAGGCCUUAUUUCUCCUUCAUCAAACGUCCCCCCAAAGUGUUCAAUUUGAAUGUAGGAGCAAUCCUGGAGUAUUUAUAGGAGUAAAGGAUAACCAGCUUGCUCUAAUUAAAGUAGAGGACCAAACUGAGAAUCUGAGUAGAGAGAAUACAAUAUUUAAGCUCUCUUAAUGUGAUGGAAAGCUGUGGAUCAUGGUUUGGGUAGCCCAAAUAACUACCAUUGGAGAAGAGUUUAGCGUAGAGUUAAAAAGGAAAUAGAAAGCUUUGCAUGCUGUGGGAUGCUUUCCCUACUAUGUAUAAAAUGAUUUCUUUUUUUUAGUAAUCUUUCAAGUCUGUUUCUUAUUUUCCUUUUUAUUACUGCAUUUUAAAUUCAAGUAUUGGUAUAUAAAUAGGGUAUUGGUUUCAGUCCAGAAAGAACUUCAUAUGUGGAGCUGAGUUCUUUAGGGAGAAAAAGGGCCUUAGCCCAAAUGUUAUUUUAGAUGGGAAUAUGUUUUUAAAAGUUUACAUAAGGACACAAUUUUCCCUGGUUUCAAACAAUAAACUUGAACAUUAAAACUGUUCAUAAAAAGACAAACAGAUUGACCAUUUCACAACUGGAAUAAAACACAGUGUUUGUUUUAGAUACCUUAGGCUAUCCUCAGAUCAUUUUUUUUGUUUAUUUAUUUUUUGGUCAGGUUAUAAAACUUCAGAUCCUUCUAUGGCUAAAUGGAUAAUAUAAAGUAGGCAAAUAUACUUAAAAAUUAAGAAAAAUAAAUUCAGUAAUUCUGAAGUGAAUAAUUUCACCUCUAAUUGUUUAAUCUUUAAAAUUCUGAUUUUUGGUAUUGAGUUCACUUUAAACAAGGCAUUCACACAUUAAGAAAUGAAAUAAAUUUCAGUUCAGAUAUGUAAUUGAAAUCAUAGGGAAAGCUAACAAGGUAGAAUUAAAAAAAAAAAAAGCACUGAGCUGUAACAUAUUAAGACAUCCAAGUACUUCUAACCUGUUAAAGCUUAGAUGGAACACAAGAUUAAUAUUCUAAUUACAAUAAAUUGGCUAUUUCUCACAUUUGUGGCAUACUAUGUCCUAAUCUUGUUUUCCAGGAUUUAUGACAAAAUUUUUUCUGAUCUUUCUUCCCAUAUACACAAGCCUGUAUAUGCACUGGGUCCAGCUUACGUAUGCCCCCACUUACUGUGGAGUAUUCAUCUGACUUCUUUUCAUUCAUUUCUUUUAACCAGCCAUGUCUUUAAUGUACUUUUUUACCCCCAGGCUUCAUUUCCAUGUCACCUAACCAAUGGACACCAACACAUUUAUUGUUUUGUCUACAUGAUGUUGUAGAAUUUUACAUAAACCUAUUGAUGGCAAUAUUUUUUAUUAAACAUCUUCAUGCUUUACUGUUACUAAGGUAGUAAAAUUUAUAUUCAAAACACAUAAUAGUUUUCAACUACUAAAGGAAUGUUUUCUACUUACUUUAAAGCAUUAGCAAUUUCUCCUACAAUAGAUAAUAGAUAUACUAAGAUAAUAUUUAAUGAAAUACGAUUUUUUUCUGAAUAUGUAGGCUUUUUAAUUUCUAACUUGCUGAAAUAUAUUGAUUAUAAUUAUUGGUGGAACAUAAGAUGAAAGAAGCUAAGAAUUACUGUACAAGGACAAACAAUUGUAAAAUAUUAGUUUUGUUACUUUGUCAAUAAUUUUAUGAUAGAAAAAAAUUGAAAGAAUCUAUCAUACCCCCUCUAAAAAAUGUUAAAUGUUGACUACCUGUAUCUGUAUAAUAUACUUAAAAUGAUUAAAU